AUGACCAAGUGUGACAUAAAGAACUACCUGGAGAACAUCUAUAAUGUCCCUGUUGGAGCAGUUCGCACCAGGAUACAGUUUGGCUCCAACAAGAAGAGGAAUCAUCGAAACCAGAAGAUCAAGCAGCCUGACUACAAAGUAGCCUACGUUCAGCUGGCCCAGGGCCAGACCUUCAGCUUCCCGGAUGUCUUCCCAGAAAAAGAUAAGACGCCAGAGGAGGGCUCCAUGGAAGAGAUGGAGCAGAAGUUCAUGGAGGACGAGAAGCAGAGGCAGAAACUUGACCCCAGGAGAGGAGGGGUCACGGAGUGGUUCGGACUCUGAGUCAGCCCACUGACCGGGAACUCUGUUCUCAUAUGGCGUGGCGUGGGUGUGUGUGU